GGAGCUCCCGCCUUCGGCCCCGCCCCUGCCCGCUCCCCGCCGUCGCCCUCCCCCAGGGUUGUGGCCACGCGCAGCGGCAGCGGUUGUUCCGCUUCCCCUCUGGCCUGGGCCGUCGCCAUUGCCGAAGGCUCCCUGCCCUCCCCUCCCGGCGCCCGCGGGGCUCGGCGGCCGCCCGGCCUAGCAGUAGAAGCCGCGGCGCUCCAGCGCGGCUCCACUUCCCGCCCCGCUUCCCCUUCCCUCCCCUCCCCGCCCCGCGUCGCUCUCUUGCUCGGGGCGGCUCCUGAUCCCGCCAGGAGCUCGGCCGGAGGCUCCUCGCUGGGGCGGGGACCUUUCCUCGCCUGGGGCCGUAUCAUAAUUCUGAAUCAUGUCUGAUAACGGAGAACUGGAAGACAAGCCUCCAGCACCCCCUGUGCGAAUGAGCAGUACCAUUUUUAGUACUGGAGGCAAAGACCCUUUGUCAGCCAAUCACAGUUUGAAACCUUUGCCCUCUGUUCCAGAGGAAAAAAAGCCCAGGAAUAAAAUCAUCUCUAUAUUCUCAAGCACAGAGAAAGGAAGUAAGAAGAAAGAGAAGGAAAGGCCAGAAAUUUCUCCUCCGUCUGAUUUUGAGCACACCAUCCAUGUUGGUUUUGAUGCUGUCACUGGAGAAUUCACUGGCAUGCCAGAACAGUGGGCUCGAUUAUUACAGACCUCCAAUAUCACCAAACUAGAGCAAAAGAAGAAUCCUCAGGCUGUGCUGGAUGUCUUAAAGUUCUACGACUCCAACACAGUGAAGCAGAAAUACCUGAGCUUUACUCCUCCUGAGAAAGAUGGCUUCCCUUCUGGAACACCAGCACUGCAUACCAAGGGAUCGGAAACGUCAGCAGUAGUAACAGAGGAAGACGAUGAUGAUGAAGAGACUGCUCCUCCUGUUAUUGCCCCACGACCAGAUCAUACAAAAUCAAUUUAUACACGGUCUGUAAUUGAUCCUAUUCCUGCUCCAGUUGGUGAUUCUAAUGUUGAUGGUGGUGCCAAGACUUCAGACAAACAGAAAAAGAAGGCCAAAAUGACAGAUGAAGAGAUUAUGGAGAAAUUAAGAACUAUUGUAAGCAUAGGUGAUCCUAAGAAAAAAUAUACAAGAUAUGAAAAAAUUGGGCAAGGGGCUUCUGGCACGGUUUUCACUGCUACUGAUGUGGCACUGGGACAAGAGGUUGCUAUCAAACAGAUUAAUUUACAGAAACAGCCAAAGAAGGAAUUGAUCAUUAAUGAGAUUCUGGUGAUGAAAGAAUUAAAGAAUCCCAACAUAGUUAACUUCUUGGACAGUUACCUGGUAGGAGAUGAGUUGUUUGUGGUAAUGGAGUACCUUGCUGGGGGAUCACUUACGGAUGUUGUAACAGAGACCUGCAUGGAUGAAGCACAGAUUGCUGCUGUAUGCAGAGAAUGUUUACAGGCAUUGGAGUUUUUACAUGCUAACCAAGUGAUUCACAGAGACAUCAAAAGUGACAAUGUGCUUUUAGGCAUGGAAGGAUCGGUUAAACUUACUGACUUUGGUUUCUGUGCCCAGAUCACCCCUGAGCAGAGCAAGCGAAGUACUAUGGUUGGAACGCCAUACUGGAUGGCACCAGAGGUGGUUACACGGAAAGCUUAUGGCCCUAAAGUAGACAUAUGGUCUCUGGGUAUUAUGGCCAUUGAGAUGGUAGAAGGAGAGCCUCCAUACCUCAAUGAAAAUCCUUUGAGGGCCUUGUACCUGAUAGCAACUAAUGGAACCCCAGAACUUCAGAAUCCAGAGAAACUUACCCCAAUAUUUCGAGAUUUCUUAAAUCGAUGUUUGGAGAUGGAUGUAGAGAAAAGGGGUUCAGCCAGAGAAUUGUUACAGCAUCCCUUUCUGAAAUUGGCCAAACCAUUAUCCAGCUUGACACCACUGAUCAUGGCAGCUAAAGAAGCAAUGAAGAGUAACCGUUAACAUCAUUGCCGUGGCCUCAUAUUCUUUUUUCCAUUUUCUAAGAAGUCUUUUAAUAUAUGAAAAUUAUUACUCUUUGGGGGUUUAAAGGAAUGGUCUGCAUAACAUGGAGAAAAAAAGCAAACUACUACUUCCUGAAGACAACCAAGAAAAAAAUUGCAAAACAGAAUGACAACUUUCUAUUGAAUCCCUUCUUUAGGGUCCAAAAGGAAUUGUGGACUGAAUCACUAGCCUUACAUCUUUCAGCAGAAAGCCCAUCAGGGCCAUUUAUCAUGCUUGAGAUUUGCGUUUUAUUUUGCUGACUUCAUUAUAAUAGAUCCCAUUCAUUGUCCUUUUUGGGGGUAUUUUCAAUACUUGAAUGGCGGAUUUGAGUUUUUCAGAGUAUUUGUUUUAUCUGCUACUCUUUUUUUCUCUCUUCUUCAUAGCUUUUUUUUUUCCUUGCCUUGCUCCUUUUGAGUUGCUUUGGGAAAUUUUUCUUUUGCCUAAAUUGGUGGCAAGCGUGAUAGAAAUUAUGUAGCUCCUUAUAUUGGCAAAGGAGCUCAGUUCGGUUUAACUUUGUAUAGACGUUAGGACCAGCUAUUGUUACAUGUAAUAUUUCAGUUCAGAAUUUGAACUAAAGGAAGGGAAGAAAAGUAUGUGAUUUUUACCUUUUUUAACAAAUGUGAAAGAAUCAGUUUUAGAAAUUUCAUGAUAGUGAGUUGUUUGGCAUUUGUUACAUGUAUAGAGAGAAGACUAAUAAUCUAUAUUUAUAACUAAAUCAUUGAAACAGAAAAAGAAUCCUGUUGACUUUACAUUGUUACCCUUUUGUUUGCCUUUCUGACUGUAUCCCCUUCAGACUUGGCUUCAGGACUUUGGUUUGUGCUGCUCCUUUCCCCUCCCCUGUUUUUUUCCCUUCAUUUUGGAAAUAAGUUUCUGUAUAUGUUGUAAUUUUAGCUAGUUUUUUGUUUUUUAAUUAACCCUCUCUCACCCUACUCGCCGCCUCCUUCCUAUGGUAAAUAAUAUAAAAUUUUCAGAAUUUAGAAGUUAUUUUUCCCAUAUAAAGGAGAAAAAUAUUUGGAACUAGCAGAGAUAAAAUGAGAGACUUGAACCCUGGUGAGCUCUAAAAUAAUUAGAAAAGAUUAUAUUCUUGAAAGAGAAAUGUCACUUACUUAGAGAUGUAGCUUCUGACCAGUAAACCAUUAGGACUUGUUAUAAACAUUGUUCCCAACCUAUUACCAUACUUUACUCUCUGUGAGAAUUUAAGUGACAGAGUCCUUCUUGAUAAAUUCAUGGGUCAUUUGAGAUGUCGAGUUACUUUAGAUUUUUUUCAAAUAAGUAAAUAAUAUUCAUGUAAAAAACUGGACAAAGGAAGAAAAAUUAAAUGUGCUUGUUGAUAGCAGUACUUUUUUAUUUUAAAGAUUUUAAAAAGGUCUGUGACCUGUAGCAUUAAUUAUUAGAGUAUCUUCUCUCCCCCCCCCGCCCCGGCCUUGUCUCCUUUCUCUCUCACUCUCUUUUUUAAUUGUUUGGCUUUCUCAGGCAGUAUUGCUCCUUCUGGCAUGUCAAGUGCCACAUAAAAGAAAAAUCUGUCGUUUGGUUCUGGCAUUUUGUUCCCACCAUUCACUUCUUAUUGACUUCACAUCUACUUGCCAUCCUGCAGUAGUAUAAGUCGUGAAUAAAAUAAUUUGAUGUUUUUGGAGUACAUUAGGAGAACUAAUGAGUUUUAUUUCCUAUCAUGCCCAUCAUAUCUGUGUUAAGAUAUAGGUAUAAGGAUAGAAAUGACUGUGUUUGGGGUCUUUUUUUAUUAGUAUUGAUAAUGCAGGAAGGUUUUCACAAAAAUGAGUAAAAUAAUGAAACUUGUAUCUAGAGCACUUAAUGGUCUCUGUUUUCAAUUUGAUUUUUGAUUUCAUUUUUCUCAGAGUUAUAUUGGGUUUCUAUAGCUGUUACUAAAUUACUUUACAGAAACUGGCUGGUUUAUUUCUGGUGGAAAGCUACAGUGUCUCUUGAGUUGCAGAUUUGAACAUUCUUUGUAAAUAGCUGUCUGGAUGGAUUAUGAUACAGAAGAUGCUACCAAUGAAAUAGAAAAAUGAACUAGAUGAUAUAAGACUAUGAGCCUCAUGACCACUCUAGAAGGCACCUGUACACAUCAGUCAUAAAGACCAUAAUCAUUGAAUGCAGUGCCAAUGCCCCAAUUUUAUGCCUGUGACUCAACAAAGGUCUGAAAAGUUUAUAGAAGCAGUUUGGGAUUGGUAUUUACAACUUCCUUGAUGGUUACCUGCAUGUCCAUUGCUGGCAACGGACUUUGUCAUUAAAACCUGACCUCCUAGGUUAAGGGAGCUACACUGUGGUGUAUCCUUUACUUACUUGGAUAAACUAACUUGUAAUAGAAAUAUACUUUAAUUCUGAAAUGUGUAAUUUUUGAAUAAUCUCUGUCUUUGAGAGCAAUACAGAAUUGUGAUUUAUUAAUUUUAAAUUAAAAUAUUCAGAUCUUGUUGCAAGAAAAAUGUAUCUAAAUCAAAAUUCAUGGGUUUUUUAAUAAUUGCCUUUUGUAUUCACCCUUUUUGUCAUAACUUUAGAAUGAAAAUUCCCAUUUAAAUCUAAAAAUUACCUUAUAGUAGUCCUCUUGUGUUAUUAGGACAAUAUUACUAUAGUAUUUAUUAUAUUUCAGACUCUCUGGCAGUCUAAAGCUUUCCUUCUCCUCUUGUUCCUUUUGCUGCUUCUAGGGACAGUUAAAACUGGGAAACCAUGAAAAGAUUGACUAUUUUAUUCUACCUAAAAUAGUAAACAAGUAGAGUGAUUGUGCUAGCAUUAGAAGCUAAGGCUAACACAACUCUGUCUUCAGGUAUUGGCAGGUAGUGUGAAUUCUCUCCCCCUCAACAUAGAAAUAUUAAGCUGCUUAAAAUAUAUCUAGUUACCACCAGUCCUAAAUGACCCUGUGCCUUUAAUAAGCAAUUUUAAACUACCUAUGAGUAUUUCUGUGUAGGGCUUACAUAAAUACAUAUUUGUUUAUAUAUACCAUAUUCUAGCCAUAAUAAUGUUGGAUCUGAUCAGGCAGUAGCUAUAAUUAAAAAAAAAAAAGUCACUUAAAAUUUUUGCAUCAGUUUUAAUCUAAAUGUUUAAAAAUAAGGUGUUCCCGUCGUGGCACAGCGGAAACCAAUCCGACUAGGAACCAUGGCAUUGCGGGUUUGAUCCCUCACCUCGCUUAGUGGGUUAAGGAUCUGGCAUUGCCCUGAGCUGUGGUGUAGGGCAAAGACAUGGCUCGGAUCCCGCGUUGCUGUGGCUGUGGUGUAAGCCGGCAGCUACAGCUCCAGUUAGACCCCUCGCCUGGGAACUUCUAUAUGCCACGGGUACAGCCCUAAAAAGAUAGAAAGACAAAAAAUAAUAAUAAUACAAUAAAAGUUUAAAAAUAUGCUGAGGUCCAUAUCCAGUGAGAUGUCAAAAAAUCAUUACAGGAUAUAGCUAAAACCCAGAUUAAUUCUCUUUUUAGGUUUUUUUUAUAGUGAAAUUUCAUAGUAAUAUAAAAAGAGAUUAUCUUGUCUCAGCUGCGCCCACAAUAGAGAAAGAGUUAAAAUCCGUUUUUCUGCAGUGAAUAUGAGUAUGUGCAAGAAAGGGGAGGAAAUACACAUGCAGAUUUUAUUUCUCACUAACAACAUUUAUUGACCACUUUGGCAAAGACACUGUGGUAGAUAUUGCAGAAGUUCAAAGGAGAACCAAGCACUGGCCUGGCCUUGAGAGAGCUGAAGUCUUUCUCCUUGACCAUUCUAGAAUAUUGCCAAAUGAAAGAAAAAGAAAUGUAUGAUAAUUCUGUCAAACACAUUUUCAUUCUGUAUUAAGCAGAGUUAAUUAGGAAUUGAGCAUCUUUGGUAGGAAUGUUUUGCUUUUUCUUUUAUUUCUUUUUUUUUUUUUUUUUGGUAGAUAGAUGGAAUUAAGUAAUUUGUCUUUUCUGUUUUGUCUUCAAAUUUUAUAUUGACUUUAUUUUUAAUUUAAUCCCAUUCAGUUAUUUAAUUGUUACAUUGACAUUAACUGCUGUAUUUGAUGACCUUGUUCAAUAGUUUUGUUCUUUCAGGGCUAGAAAUAAACUUUUUUAUGUUCAUUUUUCCUUUUCCCUAAACUUUAAUUCUUUCUUUAGAUCAGAAUAGCUCAAAGGAUUGAGCAUAAUAGAUUUUCAGAGAACAUUCUAGUGUUUUUAAGGAUAAAUGUUUUUUAAACAUGUCAUGGCACCCUGAAUGUAUUACAGAGCUCCAAAUCAGAAAGGUUUUCAGAAAUUUAUGAGUAAUAAACAUGAGCCUUCCCUCUUCUAAAUCAGGUUCAGAAUAAACUUACUCAAAAUACUCUGACUGUCAGACUCAGGGAAGUGCUUCAGAUAUGUCUGAAUUCCUUCAAUAACUUUGCCUGAAAUUCUAACACUUCCUUAAGUAGUAAUAAGAAUCUUACUAGAAUUUUCCUGUUAAAUGCACCAAGAGAUCUUGAAAAGUGGAAUACUCUAAGGAAUCACUUUAUCAUACACAUUUAAUUUGAACCCUGGAUAUCCUGCUAUGGGGAACAGCUGUACUGUAGCAUUCACUCUGAAAAAAAUUACACAUUUUUAGCCUGGAAUUGGGGUGGGGAGUAGGUGAUGACUGCUUAAAAUAUAUUUGUUAAACUAUAAAUUUAGUGCUAUUCUAACAUUUGUAUUUCUUUAAACUAUAGCAAAUGCUCACAUCUGCCUGAGGAAAGUUCAUAAAUGCCUGGGUGAUUGAUUUGAUUGAAAAGCACUAUUUAUAGGAGCUUAAUACAUGCUUUACUACUAUGAUAUUUGUGGUUUUUAAAUUAGGGAAUUAUUUUUUAUGCAAAUGACAACAAAUUUUAUCUUUUGAAGAGAAGGAGUAGAACAAUGAAGGGAAAGGUCUUUUUUUAAGCCUAGUUAUUUUAGGUUUUUAGCAAAAAUUCAGAUCAUCUUGGAGUUUCCAUUGUGGUUCAUUGGAAGGGAAUCCGACUAGUAUCCAUGAGGAUGUGGGUUCGAUCCCUGGCCUCAUUCCGGGUGGGGGAUCCGGUGUUGCCAUGAGCUGUGGUGUCGGUUGCAGAUGCAGCUUGGAUCUCACAUUGCUGUGGCUGUGGUGUAGGCCAGCAGCUGCAGCUCCAAUUCAACCCCUAGCCUGCGAACCUCCAUAUGCGGCCAGUGUGGCCCUAAAAAGAAAAAGGAAAAAAAAAAUUUCAAGUACUCUUAAAGGAGUCAUAAUAAACAGUGCCAGCCCCCAGCCGUAAACUUCCUUACUGUAGAGUCCUGCUCCACAGAGGACUCCUUUUAACUUUGAGCUGUUUUUAGCAUGUAUUAAUCUUCAGAUUUCUAAAUUAUAUACAGGUAUUUCUUGACAUUUCUAUAUUUUAUCUAGAAACUUCCUAUUUCUAUGUUUUACUUAUCUAGAAACUUCCUCUUAUGAUAGUUGAGAAUUUGGUUCGUGUUAUACCAUCCAAUUUUCCCAUUUCUACUCCCUCUAGUCUCCCAGUUAAGAAAGACGGCAAUGCUUUAUUCCAUUAGUGGACAGUUUUUACCUUAUGACUCUGGUGGACUGUUGUUCCCUUGAGUUUUAUCAUCACCACAUGUUACAUCCUGUGCAACUCUUUGCAUUUCUAUUGUUAAAUUUUGUCUUUUUGUUUCCUUUCAGAGUUUCUAUGUUCCUAUCACUAAGUUUUCCAAACUCACCACAAAAGUCCUCUGAGGACUCUUUUCUAUACAAUUAGAUGUCUCAGAUAAUGAGUUACUUUUUCUUUCCUGGAAAUUGAUUGGGGCUCAAAUUUGGGCUCUUGCUCUCCAACCCUUCUGCCUUCUGGUAUCUAAAACUCAAUUUCACUUUUCUCCUAAGUUUAGGUCUUUUAUUUCUCCUUGCUUGGUUUAUUCCUCAUUUUGGAGAAAUACAAAUUUCAUUAGUGUCAAUAGCUUGCAUAUCUGAAAAUGUCUCAUUUAAUUAAUAGUGCAAGAUUUUAAGUUGGGAAUCAUCUUUCUUGAGAAUUUUGAAGUCCCUGCUUCAUUAUCUUAAAACCUGCCGUUUCUGAAAACAGCUUUAUAUGUAACACAGUUUUUUGCUUCUCUAGAGCUUUUGUCUGAAAAUUUACUAUUAAAUGCCUUGGAGAGGGUCUAUGUUUAGCUUUUGGCAGGCCUUCUUGGUAAUAGACUGAUUUCCUUCAAUUCUGGUAAAUUCUUGUAUUAUUUCUUUAGUAAUUUUCACACACACACACACAUCUCACACCCCGUUAUUUCUUUCUGGAAUUCUCGUAUUAAUCUUUUUUUUUCUUCUGCUUUUCAUCUCUUUGCCUUUUUAACUUUCUGGGAGAGAAUUUCUUUGGUUUUAUCUCUGAUCCUUUUUCUUUUUUGUUUUUGGCUGCAGCUGGUGUGUACAGAAGUUCCCCAGCCAGGGAUCCAAUCUGAGCCAUAACUGUGACCUAUGCAGCAGUGCUGGAUCCUUAGGACCCACUGCACCUCAGGCAGGGGUUGAACCCUUGCUGGCCUCAGUGACAACACCAGAUCCUUAACCCACUGCAUCACAGAGGGAAUUCUGGUGUCUUUUCUUAUAAGGUCGCUAGUCCCAUCAUAAAGCCCCACCUUCAUGACCUCAUCUAAUUUUAGUUACCUACCUAAGGCCCCAUCUCCAUAUUCCAAAACAGUAGGGUUUAGGGCUUCAAUAUAUGAAUUUGUGGGUAGACAUAAACAUUCAAGCCAUAAUAGGUCUUUUUUUUUUUCCCCCAAGAAUUUUUAGUUUGGGAGUUCCCAUUGUGGCUCACCAGGUUAUGAACCUGAUUAGUAUCCAUGAGGAUGCAGGUUUGAUCCCUGGCCUCAAUCAGUGGGUUAGGGAUCCUGCAUUGCUGUGGCUGUGGUGUAGGCCGGCAGCUGCAGCUCUGAUUUGACCCCUACCCUGGGAACUUCUGUAUACUGCAGGUGCGGCCAUAAAAAAGCAAAAAAAAAAAAGUUUUUAGUCAGCUCUGGAAUUGUUUAUUUUUUCUGGGUUCUUCUUUUAUUUGUUUUUAACUCUGUCCUUCACAUAAAGACUUUUUGCAGAUGUCUGGUGAAUUCCUGUAGACUAAUAUUGUUUCUGUCAUGCUAGUGUAACACUGAAACUUCACUAAGCCCUGAUUUCACAUUUAUUUUUCUCAAUUUUCAAUGAGACCCUUGGUACUGCCUAUCAGUCAUUUAUUUCUGGCCCAGGUCUCUUUUUUUCCUCAUUUUCUCCAAACUAUUUCGUGACUCCCAACCCCUUUAUCCUACCAUCUCAACACUUUCUUCUCCCUUAGUGCCAGAAAUCUCUGUGUUUUUGUCUUUGCUUUCUUCCUUUUGGUCUCAGUGAAAUAUGGUCUUCCUCUCAGUGGCUAGCCUCACUGAGGAUCUGUUCUCCAUAUUCUACCACCUCCCAGGUCUCUUCGACCCUAACUCUUCUAUACCUUUCAUCUGUCCCUGUACUCUUUUUAAGCCUCAGCAAAAUAAGCAUGCUCACCUAUCUUCCUUUUUUAAAAGUUCCCUUUGACUUUUCUCAGGUAAACGUGUGGAGCGAGGAAACCAAACUUACUGUUUCUCUCUUCAUUAUCCUAUUGCAUCUAUACCCUCAACAUGUCACUGAAACUACCCCUACCAAUUACCAACAUCUCCCAAGCACUGAGUUUCCAUGAGAUUGUCAAAACAUCAAAAAGAUGACUCCCCUUGACUGUUAGCUAGUACGCUCACUGGUGUACUUAAGCAUUUCUUGGUUAUCAAUUUUCCUUUAUGCAAAAUUGAGGACUUUUAUUCCUAGCUUUUAAAGAAUUCUCUUACCAGAUAUUUAUUUUGAGCUAAGAUCCAGAAUGUGAUGUAGGUAUGGAUUUGCUAAGCUUUUAAUCAUUAGGUGUACUUAAGAAUUUCUUGUUAUCAAUUUUCCUCUUUGCAAAAUUGAGGACUUUUAUUCCUAGCUUUUAAAAAAUUCUCUUACCAGAUAUUUAUUUUGAGCUAAGAUCCAGAAUGUGAUGUAGGUAUGAAUUUGCUAAGCUUUUAAUCAUUAGGACUCUGUUUUCACCAUUGAAUAUAAAAUAUACAAGCAGCUCUUGGUGAUCUGAGCAACUGGGAGGGAAGAGUGGCGAGGAUAAAAAGAGCAAAUUCUUAAAAAUUUCUUCAGAACUUAAUUUGUAAUGUACAUUGUUCGAAUAGGAGAUUUGCCUUCCUGACAAUUUGGUUUAGUCUUAAAACAUGUUUUUGUUCCUUGGCAUAUUCAUGUGGGCACCCAAAGGAGAAAGGCUUGUCUAGGAAUGUGCAGAGUGGUAGAGGAAAGCCUGCCCAGCCUUAAAAACCACUCAUAGAUUCUUGGUCACAAGAGUUGAUGAGUACCUUUGACUUUAUAAAGAGAUUUUUACCACUUCUGUAGUCCUAAUGGUGACUUUUUACCUAUGCAUCUUAGUUUUUGGUUAGGGAAAAAGGCUAAAAAUAUUGCCCUUUCUAGAUGCAAAAUAGGUUCACUGUAUAAUGACAGUCUUUGUAUAAAUUUGUAACCAAGAAGUUGAUUAUUUUGAAAGGAACAACACAUGUGGAUAUGUAAUUCUGGUAUUCUUGUUAAAAGAUACCUGUCACAUUACCUUUUAGCCACAGAUCCCAGUUUGUGUCCUGUAGCAGGUGAAAACAUCUUACCCUAGUUGUGCUUUUUUAUUUAAACAAUCAAAAUGGAGUAACAGUGCCACACACAUUCUUGUCUUUUAUUCUUAGAGCUGUAGAUAUGUAUAGCAUUGCCAGGAAUGCAUUGCCAAAAAUAUUUUUCUCUAUUUUUAAUGGAUUACUUCACCUUGAUGUCUAUAUUUAAAAACAGAAAUGGACCAUUUUCAAAAACUGUUUGAUCUGGGCCAUAAGAUUAAGUAAUGUCUAACAAAACAAUCUGAUUCUGAUUACUUUAAUAUAGUGUCAUCAAAACCUUUAGGGAACUUUGUGGUUGAAACUAGAAGACAUCUUAAUCACAUUCAGUAUUCCUUACAGUUUAGGAUACUUUAAGUUUUGCUGCUAGUAACUUUGUUGAAGAGCUUUGUUUUUCAAUAAACUCUUUAAAAAAAAAAAAAAACGAACUUAACCAUUUGAGUUUUUACUAUGGACAUUGCCACUAUUUUUAUCACAUUCUUCUUGGUGAUAUGAGAAGUAUUUAAAUGUUUUAUCUUUUGUUCAUCUCUAUCUUUUGGAGUAUGUUCCAAGACUAAGGUAUCAUUGAAAAAUAAGUUUAGGCUAUGGGCUCUUGGAUAUAUGGGUCAGUCACUUUCAUAUAACUUGCAUCAUCGGCCAAGCAAAUACUUUUCCAUUUACUUUCAUCUAUGCGUAUUUUACUACUGAUAUUCUCUGCUGUGUGCCAUUGUGUGUCCUGUUUCAAUAUUUGUUUAAAUGACAGGUGACCAUGGUAUUAACACAGUAUUUGAGUACUUUUGAUGCACAUUUCUCCAUCCAUCACUAAACACUCUAAAACAGAACUUUAUUUAAAGCUUUUUUUUUUAAAACUUGAUUUCAUCAUAUAGUCAUUUGAGCUUGGGAGUUUCUUCUAAAUGAAAAUAAAAUUAGAGUGUAUAAUUUAAAUUUUGCUGCCAGUGAGAGAACGAGUUAUGCUGUUAAUUAGUAACAAUAUUAUUCUAGUAGACUGUUCACUAAAAAUUGUUACUGUGAAUUGGAUAUUUUUGGUUUAUUUUGGGUAAUAAUAAAAGUGCCUACAUCAUA